AUGAAAUACCCAAUCAAGCGCAACUCCACACUCCACUCCCAGGCCCCGUGGGUGAAGGUGCCAACGCAUGACCUGGAUGGAGUCAGGAUCAAUCCAGAGGUGUUGGCUGUGCGCCCACAAGUUGAGGUAGGCUGGGAGACUAGCUGGGGCUCGUCCUGGCCUCGGGUGGGGGCCUCUGAGAGGAGGUUCAGGCUGAGCACAGGGUGCCCGGGUGCCGGAACUGCUGUCUCCGGGGCCGUGAGGGGGAAGUACCCAGCCAGGCUGGGCUCACGGCAGACUCGGUGUGCUCAGCCCGAGGGCUCAGGGCUGGGGCUUCGCCCGCCCGGAAGACUGUAUUGUGCGGCGCCCUCGGGAGGAGGGGAGGGCCCGCGAGCCUCAGCAGAGCAGCUGGUGCUCUGGGUGACUGGGCCUGUCACCGCCGGAGCAGGUCGGGGGCGGGCGUCCAGGGAGGAGGGCUUGGCCGGUGGGGGCAGUGGCCGGAAAAGGGCCACACUUCCGGCCGGGGAGGCAACGCCCCUCGUCCGUUCCUUCGUCCCUCCGGCCUCCUUCCUUUCCCAGGUGUAUAGGGACUGCCUCCCCGUGGCCCCCACUGCUUCGGCCGUGGCUAUAAGCCCCUCCGGUCUGAUCCCUGAGAAAUCAGAAUCGGAGCGUGAUGCAACCACAGCCGCCCCGCCCCGGCAGCAAGCCCUCCGGCCCCUGCUCCCGCCCCACCGGCCCCCGCUCCCAGGUCCUGCCGGUGUCCGCGCCCCUCCCCGGCGCCCCGCCCCUCCGUCCCCUCUGGGGUCCGGCACCCCCGGCUACCCCCGGCUGCCCCCGGCUGCCCCCGUCCCCCGCGUGCUCGCCCUCGUCUGGGGCUUCGCGGCUGGCUCGGCCCCCCCCUUCCACCGCAUCCCUCAGGGUCUCUGCGCUGUCCUCCCCGCGCCCCUCUCGGCGCCCUCCUUCCCUCGGGCCUCUCCUCCGCAUUCUCACCCUGCCCUAGCCCGACCUCAUCACCCGCCCUCCUCUCCUGGAGGCCGCGGCGCCUCCCCUGCCUGCGGGUAA